UCCAGUGUAAUCAUCUCCCCUCGCAGACGCCAAGGCUUCAAUUUGGAGAGUUUGCGUAGUGAUAAUUUACAGAUUUUCGUGAUCGUCUCCCGCUCGCGCCUCCAGAGUCCGUGGAGCUGAACAUCUGUGCGAGGAGGUCCAUGGCUUUUCUCAUGAAUCAGGUGCUGGGCGAUAAGCUGAGGAGUUUUAGCGGAGGCGGCGAGGAGCGCAGCACGGCGGCGGAGGGGAAGGAGACGGCUGCAUGCAGGGGCAUGACCAGGGAGGAGUGUGAGGAGUACCAGAGGCAGCUGGUGGAGGAGAAGAUCCAGCGAGACAAGGACUUUGCCACGCGAAAGGCUGAGAGGGCAAAUCUACGAGUGGCGCUAAGAGACAAGUAUCGACUCCCAGAUAGCGCUCAGGACAGCGCGACCGUCCAAAUGGCCGGAGACGACGUGGACCUGCCCGAGGACCUCGCCAAGAUGGUGGAUGAAGACGAGGAGGAGGAGGAGGCCAGCCAGUCGCUCCUGACGGCGCUCCAGAGCGUGGACGUGGACGCGCUGAAGGCCAAAGCGCAGGCGGCGGCCGCAGAGGUGAAGCAGGCGGCGGAGGAGAAGUGCGGCCUCAUGUAGGAGGAGGUUCUGCUGCUGUCCAUCAAAUACAGACUGGCCCGUCCAGAGCAUCCACCAGCUAAUGUAACUGUAAAUGCCUGUUUAAAUGUUUGAAUAAAGCCUUUA